GCGAGACAAAAGUUCCAGCUAUUAAUGAGAGUCCAGUCCCGAACUGAUCGAUGACGCUGCGUUCAACCAGCCAAUAACGUGAUUGUAAACAAUGCGCGUGCAGCUGUCAUGAACCCCGCUGUUCUCGCUGCUCUGUAAAAGGUGACACAGCCCAAAACUGCCCACCAAAAAAACUGCGAUGACAGAUCAAGUUAAAGAGCUCGUGUCAAAGUGCCUGCAGGCCCGGGACUUGGCGUACUGUCCAUACAGCCGGUUCCCUGUCGGUGCCGCCAUAUUGACAAUAGAUGGCGCUAUAAUCACAGGCUGUAAUGUGGAGAAUGCCUCCUACGGGCUGACGGUGUGUGCUGAGCGGACGGCCAUCCAGCGGGCCGUGGUGGAAGGACACAGAGAGUUCACUGCCAUUGCUGUGACAUGUGAUAUUAAAGACCGCUUUGUCGGGCCAUGUGGAGCAUGUCGACAGGUUCUUAUGGAGUUUGGAUCCGACUGGAUUGUAUACUUGACCAAGCCAGAUGGAUCUUACAAAGAAACCAGCCUCAGUGAACUGUUGCCUCUAGCCUUUACCCCGGCCCACCUCGCAAAGAACUGAUGAAGCUUCAGCUGCAUGCUUGGACAUAACUUUUUAAUGCUUUAUUAAUACUUGUUUUUUUUAUAGCUGCAAUGUGUCUUGAAUUGUGUUAUGAAAACACUGCAAAUUAGGAAAACAAUAAAAAAAAAUCCAAUAGA